UUAGUUUUAUUUAGUGAUAAUCCACGGCCACUUGUUUUAUUUUUUGUUUUGUUUCCAAAAUGAAGGGUAUUUUCUUGGCGGCGUUGUUGAGCGCUUUGAUUGCAGUUUAUGCAAGCGAAAAGGUUGUGAUCUGCUACUACGGCACUUGGGCGGUAAACAGACCAGGUUUGGGCAAGUUCGGCGUGGAAGACGUAAACCCGUACCUUUGUUCCCACAUCAUAUACGCAUUCGCAGGCAUAAACUCAGACGGAGCUGUUAUACCUCUUGAUGUAGAACUUGAUUUUGGUAAAGAUAACUACAGAAAUUUCACCGAUCUAAAAAAGAAAAAUCCCAAUCUUAAACCUAUGUUGGCUGUUGGAGGUUGGAAUGAAGGAUCAGCGAAAUAUUCCGAAAUGGCGGCUGAUCCAGCUAAGCGACAAAACUUCAUCCUGAGCGCUCUCGACAUUAUACUUGAUUUCCAAUUUGCGGGAUUCGACUUGGGUUGGGAAUACCCCAAUCGUCGAGACACAGUCCACGGUGUUGAUGACAUAGAAAACUUUACACAACUCGUGAAGGAAAUGAGGGAAGAAUUUGAUAAACAUGGCCUGAUAUUGACAGCGACUGUGUCUGCCGUCGAAGCAGCAGCAGCACAAUCUUAUAAUGUAUCAGCUAUAUCGACGUACUUACAUUAUGUGAAUUUAAUGUCAUAUGAUAUGCAUGGUUCUUGGGAUUCAGUCACGGGUCAUAAUGCUGGUCUCCAUAAAGGAGAUAGUGACGAAGCUAUCCCAAGAGAACAGUUGUUAACUGUUGAUGUGGCUGUAGAGUAUUGGCUGAGAGAAGGCUGUCCACCAGAAAAGCUAGUACUUGGGGUACCUUUCUACGGCCGCACUUUCAAAUUGCAAUCUGAAAGCAAUACCGGUGUCAGGGCUCCUACAGAUGGCGCUGGUAUCGGUGGUCCUUAUACUGGUGAAGUGGGCUAUGUUGGGUACAACGAGUUCUGCGCCAUGCUCCGAUCGGACCCAUCCUGGACUAUUCGAAGGGAUUUUCUGGCUAAUGUGCCUUAUGCUGUCAACGGCUUAAACUGGGUGUCCUACGACGAUCCCGAAUCCAUAAGAGAUAAAGUGGAAUAUGCCUUAGAAAAGGAUUUAGCUGGAAUCAUGGUGUGGAGUAUUGAGACUGAUGACAUCCACAACAUUUGCGGUGGCGGAGUAUAUACUCUUCUGAACGUUAUCAGUGACGUUUUGUAUGAAAACUCUUGCCAUUUCAAACGGCAAGAGUUAUGAUGCACGGUGUUACUGAAAUUUAAUCAACAAGACCAGAAAGAAACGCCCGAGGAAUCCAUUUCAGACUAACUACCAAACAAAAUUAUACCAAUCAUUUUUCCUCUCAAAUCUCUUGCAAUUUCUUUGCAGGAGGACAAGAUUAUUUUCAAAUGUGGUAUUUAUAUAGAUGAGUAAAUUAUUUGCCCAUUUAUUUAAUAAGAAGAAAAUAAAAACAAUUGUACCUAGUACUUUGUUGUUUUCCGAAAAUAGAACAAAUAUAUAAAAACAAGUGCAAUGUACCAUACCUGAUUUAUUUAAACAUAUGCAGCGACAACAAAAUUAACCACCAAAAGCCCCAAUAGUAACUUACCAAUAAAUACCCCCAAAAAUAUCAAUAUAUUUUUGAUUUAACGAAUAAUAAAAAUCUCAACAUAAUGCACUUAAACACACAAGGAAAUAAAUCAAAGAUAGGCUACAAAUAUUAUCCAAAGAAGAAGAUAUUCAUGUAUGUUGUUUAAGUGAAACUUUUAUGAAAGAUAAUGAAAUAAAGAUUUUGAAAUUGGAUUGUUGCAACAAAGCAGCUCAUUUUUGUAGAAAGCGAAAAAUUCGGGGCGGUGUUGCUAGAUAUGUCAAAAAUGUAAUCGAGUAUAAAGAACUAAAUUGGAUGUCGGAAAUGUCAAUUGAAAGUCAUAUAGUACGCUGCGGUACAGUAUUGACUGGUAUAAAUUACAUGAUUGUGUGCGCCUACAGAACACCUAACAGUGAUUUGGUAAAACUCUCAUACGUUCUAGAAAUAGAUUUAAGAGCAUUUUUGUUUAGGUGACUUCAAUGUGAACACACUAAUAGUGAAUAGCAAAAGUGAAAUGUUUAUAAAUAUGUUUAGAUCAUUUAAUCUACACCCUUCUGUUCAUAUUCCAACUAGAACGACAACUUAUAUUCUAUGGCAUGCAUCGAUAACAUUUUCACUAACACAAAAAAAUAUGACAUAAAAAUUCUUGACAUAGGAUUGUCUGAUCAUUCCUGUCAGUUGAUAUCCGUCCCCUGCAGUCUCAACUUUACGAAAAAAUAUUGGUACACAUUAAACAUAUAUGACAACCUCCGUGGCCGAAUGUUUGUACGCUGGGUUUCAUGGUGUCGCCGACUCGAGAGGUCCCGGGUUUAAAUAUCGGUGGGGGCAGAUGUUUGUCUGAUGAAUACGAGCAUUUGUACUCCAGUCAUGGAUGUUUAAUAUGUAUUUCUAUAUAAAUAUACUUAUAUAUGUACAGUACAUAUAUGUAUUCUAUCCGUUGCCCUAGUAACACAAGCCUUAUAGUGCUUACUUUGGGGCUAGGCUAAUUGGUGUGAGUGUUGAAAAUAUUUAUUUCAUCAUCAUCAGCCUAUUAAUGUCCCCACUGCUGGGGUACAGGCCUUCCCUAUGGAUGGAAUAGGGAGAUUGGGCCAUGACCCACCACGCGGGCCCAGCGCGGCUAACGACUGCAGAUGCAGCCGGGACCAACGGCUUAACGUGCCUUCCGAAGCACGGAGGAACUCGAGAUAGUAAAUUUUUUGUCACCCAUCCAAUGACCGACCACUGCGAAAGUUGCUUAACUUCAACGAUCGCAGCCGAACGCGCUAACCACUUGCGCCAUCGAGCUCCUCAAAUAUAUUAAUUUAUUUAUUUAUUAAUUAGUUAUUAAAUAGAAAUUUAUACCUUGAUUGCAAAUUAUUAGAAAAAUAUAUAUCUAGAAUCAGCUUCGUUGAAGUAUAUUCCGAAAUGGAUGUCAAUAAGGCAUAUAACAUGUUUAUUGAUACGUUUUCACUCCUUUAUAAUAUCUGUGCCAAUACAAAAAAAAUAAAGUAACUUAUAAAAAAACACAAAAAACAAAAGGCAUUAUUAUAAAAGACAAUUACAAUAGACAAUAAUGCCAAAUUGCACAGAACUAAAAAAAAAUGAAAAAACAGUUAAAGUAAUGAAAGCAGAGACCAGACAAGCAAAAAAGAUAACGAAUACCAAUUAUAUAAUAAAAAGCACUAACAGAAAUAAAGCUACGUGGCAAGUAGUAAAACAAAAUACAGGACAAACAAACGACAUAACCCAAACUAUAGAAUACAUUAAAAAUAAUGAUGCUUUAAUUAAUGAACCUACUGAUGUUGCUAAAAUUAUGAAUGAAUUCUUAUUAAUCUAAAUAGUUCAACGAUUCCGGCACCUAAAAUUUAUAUAAACCAUUAACACAAAAAAUAUAAAUUCAUUUUUUUUAACGCCUGUAAAUGUUGACGAAUUUAUGCUAACAAUUAAAAAAUUUAAAUAUGAAAAAGUACAGGCCAUGACAAUAUCCCUUUUCGAAUAAUCAAAACUAGUGCAACAUAUAUAACCCAACUCUUAGUACAUAUUAUAAACCUUUGUUAUGAAACGGAAGUUUUUCCUGAUGAUAUGAAAGAGGCAUUAGUAAAGCCUUUGCAUAAGAAAGGUUCCAAGUGUGAAAUUGGCAAUUGCAGAUCAAUCGUAUUAUUAUCAAACUUUUCAAAGAUAAUGGAGAAGUUAAUAUAAGUUCGACUAACGCCCUUUUUUAAUAAAAAUGACAUCAUUAGCGAUAAUCAAUUCGGUUUCCAAAAAAACAAAAAUACAACCCUAGCUAUUUUCAAGAUUUUAUUUUGAUAUAGAUAAAAAGAAAACAUGUGUAGGGCUAUUCUUGGACCUGUCAAAAGCGUUCGAUUGCGUAGUCUAUGAUAUUUUGUUGAGGCAAUUGGAGCAUCUCGGAAUUCGGGGUAACGCUCUAAGGUCGGUCAGUAGAGAUAGACAAUAAAAAGAUAGAAAUAGUAAAUGCGAUGAAAUUUUUGGGGGUCAACAUUAACACCCAUUUAAAUUGGAAAUCGCAUGUGAAUAAAAUAAAUGACAGAUUAUUAGUAUCUGCUAUAUGCUUUCCAUAUUAACAAAUAUUGCUUUACGAGAAGUCGCAAUCAAUGCAUAUUAUGGUUAUGUUACCCUCUCUUGACAUAUGGCGUUAUAUUCUGGGGAAAUUCGGGAAAUGUGAACUUAACUUUUAUAAUGCAGAAAAAAUGUUUAAUAAUGUAUAAUUUGGAUCAAAUGUAUUAUUUGAGAGAUUUUUUAGGACUCAUAAAUAUCUAACCUUGACAUGUAUUUAUAAUAA